UGACAAAUGACCAACAAAAUCAAUCCAACCCUCCCUCAACCCCACGCCUCUGAUUCUCAACACCUUCCCCUGUUAUCUCUCUCUCUUCCCAUCUCUGUAACCUCUCCACUGAUCACAACCCCAUCAAUGGAAACCUCUUCAAUUCACCAACAAAACCCUUCUCCGCCGCCUCCAAAACCCAUCACUCGAUCCGAAUCUGUAAACCCAUAUCCCACUACCUUCGUCCAAGCCGAUUCCUCCUCUUUCAAACAAGUAGUUCAAAUGCUCACCGGAUCUCCUCAAACUGCUAAGCAAGCUUCUGCUAAGCCGGUUUCUGGUGGUUCCAACGCUGAUUCUGUGUCGAAAACGCACAUUCCGCCUAUUAAAUCGUUGCCCAAAAGGCAGCAAUCUGGGUUUAAGCUCUAUGAGCGGAGAAACUCCUUGAAUAAACUUAAAAUUAACCCGUUGAUUCCGGGGUUUGGUUCGAGUUGUAAUUCUGGGUUUUCUCCGAGAAACCCUGAGAUUCUUUCUCCUAGCAUUUUGGAUUUUCCGGCGCUUGCUCUUAGUCCGGUCACGCCGCUUAUUCCUGACCCGUUUGAUCGAUCUGGGUUGGCGAAUGCGAAAUCGGAAGCUGAGGCGGAAGAUAAAGCGAUUAAAGAAAAGGGGUUUUACUUACAUCCAUCACCGACCACUACACCUCGAGAAUCUGAGCCUCGGCUGUUGCCUCUGUUCCCAUUGACAUCGCCUAGAGUUCCAGUUGACAGAGAUGCGUAACGGGCCAAAAGCGGACAAUAUCUGCUAGUAGUGGGCUUGAGCUGUUACAAAUGGUAUCAAAGUCGGUCACUAAAUGAUGCGAGACAUUGGUUGGAGUAGGGCUAGAUGCGUCUUAAAACCAUGAGGUUGACAAGGAUACGUAAUGGGCUAAA